AUGGAGUUUACAAACUACGGUGGUGCUGUGACAAACCUGUGGUUAAACAACUCACGAGGAGAAGAGGUCGAUAUUGUCCUGGGUCUCGACCAUGCUCGGGAUUAUGAGGAUUAUCCCAAGAAUCCUUACCUGAACGGUGCUAUUGGUCGAUACGCCGGGUUCAUGCGUGGUGGCCGCUUUGAUAUGGACGGUGAGUCAUAUCAAGUUGCAACCAACGCCCACAAUGGAUCUUCCACUUUCAAUGGUGGAGAUCGUGGAUGGGGUCGCAGUAUCCUAGACAUAGGCUCCCACACAGAAAACAGUAUCACAUUUGUUCUGUUUGACCGGAGCUGGAACGGCUUCCCAGGAACAGCAGCAUCCUGUCUAACACACACCGUGACGCCGUACGAAUGGCGCGUAGCCUUUGGAGUCACUCCAACAAAGAAGCCCGGCCCUAUCAACAUGAGCCAGCAGGCCUUUUUCAACCUUGAUGGUUUCAAGAAAAAGAACUUGACAGGCUCGGUACCUGUCAGUGAUAAAACGGUACGCGACCACAAGUUGCAUCUUCCCCUGUCUGGUCUCCGCUUUGAGACGGACGCGUUAGGUCUUUCAACAGGGGAUAUCCUUGGGAACCCCAGAGGGAGUGAGUAUGACUUUUGGUCAGCCAGCAGACGCAUAGGUGAUGUUUUGGAGAAGCCGUAUAUGGGAAUAUGUGAUAGAUGUCAGAAACGGCAAUAUCACAAUCACAAUCCUAGCGGAGCAUAUGACACAAUCUUCCAACUCGGUCGAUCCCAGCCUUGGAAUAAGGAAGACGUUCCGGCGGCAAUCCUAUCGUCGCCUGAAUCAGGAAUCAGUAUGAAGUUAUACAGUGAUCAGGAGGCCCUCCAUGUGCAUACCUGGAGUCAGAAAGAAUUUCCACUGAAACUUAAGAAGGGCCAGGGACAAGGCAUGGUUCCACAGCAUGGUGGAAUUUCGUUUGAGAUGCAGGAUUGGCCUGAUGGUUUGAACCAUCCAGAGUGGCGGAGAGAGAGUAAGACAAUUUGGGGAAUGGAUGGGCUUUACACAGCAUUUUCAAGCUAUCGGUUCUCUGUCGAUAAGACGGAGCCUUGA